ACUUAUUUAGUGAGUGGUGUGUAUCAGCGUUCGUGCAGUUGAUACGAAAAGAUGACUUACUUAAAAUCUUGUAUGAUUUUUAUUUUGUUGUCGAAGUUUGUUGAAACAAAGAUAUCUCCAGAUGUAAGAUGUGCUGUGAAUGGGGACGUGUAUCUCCGAAAGAGCUCGCAAGGAUCGAACUUGACGUCCAGGAGCUUGGAAUAUAUAUUUGCCAGCUCAGAGAAAACGGUCUGUGACCAUCAAGUAGCAGGAGAUGUUUUAAAGAUACAUGGAUGUGUGCAGCCAGGUGUUUCUUCACACGUGGACGUUUUCCUGCAUGGCGGCUCAGAUUCUAGCUUACAUAUUUACAGAAUAAAUUGCUUACCUCUAGUGAGUACUCGUCACCAUGAAACUUACCAAGCUGCUGAUCUAAGCGGGAAAGAUAGCGAAUAUCUUACUUACCAAGAACCUAUUGUUGGCCAACGUCGUCGUAAAGAUGUCUCGGGUGAUGUUAACGCGGGGAAUGACGACGACGACGAUAUAAAGAACCUCCAGACGUCGGUCUCGUUUGAAGUGAAGCUCAACUUCAGCAGUAACGAUGAAAUUUCCAUCGCCUGCAAUCCAGACAACCUUGGUAUUUUGUACGUCAGUAACCCUGACCCAGAUCAACUGAUUUACGUUGUAUCAUUUUCCGAAUUGACAAAACAAAAAUGCAAUUCUGAGUUCCUGGAAGGUAGACGUUUUGUUGCCGUCGGCGGAUGUAGUUUGAAUUUUCCAAUCACCAUUUCAUUCAAUAGCAAUGAUCUUUCAUCGGUCAUUGGAGGCGCUUAUUUCAAGGUUUAUAACGUCACGUGCUCGGAUAAGGCUUCCGUAGCACGUGGUAAUGUCUUCCCAGACAGAUAUAACACACCGGGAAGCCACGGUACUGAUCAAUGUAGAUAUUCAUUCUUUGUUACCAUGGUGAUGUUGGCAAUAACGUUGAUGAACCAACUUAUUUAAACAGGAAACAGACGAACCGGAAAUUCUCUCACACGGCGCAUAUGUAAAAAAAUCAUCUUUUGAAUUAAUAGCUCAUAUGCAAUAUUUUGAAUAAAGACAAAUGUAUAAGACAUUCGUUGUAAUUUGAACAGUUUGAUUUAUAAAUGUGCGUUUUUUGUACACUUAUACCUAUACAAAAUUUUGGGGAGUUACAAUUGAACUUGAUAGUGCUUUAUUCAUGUUAUCAAUACUUGAUGACACUAGUUAGAUAUGCUUUCUAUCUAAAUACACGUAUUAAAAUAUCGCGAGCAAUAUACAUGUAUGUCUUUUCAUUCAUUCCUUAAAGGUUUUUCUAAAAGAUCAAAAGAUGUACUAUUUACUCAGUGUUUUGUUUACAAAUAAAGAAAUUUGUAAGAAUAUUA